CGAUUGUUGGAGAUUCUUCCGGCUGCUACGGAGAAUGAAAGUCUAUCCACGAGGCUCUUCACUGCAGAUUUAGACUCAACUCACUUGAGAUACGAGGCUCUCUCGUACAUUUGGGGCGCGAAGUCUGGCAUCGACAAAAAGCACUUCAUUUACGUGAAUGGCUAUAGGCAGAGUGUCACACCCAACCUACACAGCGCUCUUUCUUCACUUCGUCACCCUUCUUGGAGGAGGACACUGUGGGUCGACUCCAUUUGCAUUAAUCAGGCGGAUGUACAAGAGCGAUGCCACCAAGUCUUGCUCAUGGCUAGGAUUUACGCUGGCGCAAGCCGGGUUCUUGUAUACCUUGGC